CGGAGGCUCCUGCAGGCUGCAGUGGCCCCACAAAGGAGCCGGGCCUUGUGGAGCGCAAAAAAAAAGAAGACGCCUGCAUUGGAAUCCAGGCUCUUCAGCCGUGCCGAAGAGAGAGGAGUGGACGGAAUGAGCCUUCGGCGGGAGCCCAGCCGGGCACACAGGCGCGAGGCGAGAGGGAUGGCCCGCUACAGCACGACUCUGCAUCUCGUGGCCGGCGGAUUAGGUGGAACAGCAGGAGCCAUUUUGACUUGCCCAUUGGAAGUGGUGAAGACUCGCCUGCAGUCUUCCACCUUGGCCCCAAGACCUGUUUGCCUACCUGCAGUACAGUUGCAAGGAGUGAAUGGGACAUUUGUCCGCCCAGGACUCCCCAGGAUUGGCUUCCUCGAACUACUAAGAAUCAUUCUAGAGAAGGAAGGGGUUCGCUCCUUGUUUCGAGGCCUGGGACCUAAUCUUAUUGGAGUUGCUCCUUCCAGGGCCAUUUAUUUUGCUGCAUAUUCGGGAACUAAGGAGAGACUCAACACGGUGCUUAUGCCAGAGUCCAAGAAAGUUCACAUGAUUUCAGCAGCCUGUGCAGGCAUCACAUCUGCCACUUUGACCAAUCCUAUCUGGUUAGUGAAGACUAGGAUGCAACUGGAGCGGAGGGGCAGAAACGAGAGGUGCACCAGUGCCCUUCAGUGUGCCAUGCGUGUCUACUACAGAGAAGGUCUGCGCGGCUUUUACCGCGGGGUUACUGCCUCCUAUGCUGGUGUCACUGAAACAGUGAUCCACUUUGUGCUUUACGAGGCUUUGAAGCAGCAGCUCAGGGAACACCAGCUCCUCUUGACUCCAUCGGUUGUCUUAUCGCCCAGUGGCCAAGACUUCUGCGGGCUGAUGGCAGCAGCGGCUGUCUCCAAAGCAUGUGCUUCAUGCAUCGCCUAUCCCCAUGAGGUUGUUCGGACACGGCUACGCGAGGAGGGAUAUCGUUAUCGCUCCUUUGUGCAAACCCUCCAGCUUGUGGCCAGGGAAGAAGGCCCCUUGGCUCUUUAUCGUGGACUUUCAGCUCAUCUCCUUCGUCAGAUCCCCAAUGCUGCAAUCGUCAUGGUUACCUAUGAGCUGAUGAUUCACUUGGCAACCAAAAUGUGACACUUUUCUAUUCUUGCCAGGUGGCUUAAAGGCUGUUAAAGGCUUUGAAGGGGAGGAUGGUUUAAAUGGGUAAUUUCCCCAUUCCGUAAAUCCUGUAAGAAAAGCCUGAAAAGUUAGGAGCCUUCUGUAAUGGGUGGUUUUGAAGAUCUGAUAAGUGAAAGACACGUUCAGCUGCUCUCGGUCUUGGACAAAAGAGCCCAUACUGAUCACAAACCUGGACAGGUGUGGAAUGUUUCAAAGAAAACAUCUCUAGCAGAGGCUGGCAAGGUCUCACUGGCUAGAUGGUCAUUAUGCCCAUCAUGCAGUUUAGUGCACUGAAAGUGUUAUGCUGCACACUUCGUAGAGCUGGGUCAACUGAGUGGGAAAACAGUUUUUAAGAAAAGCUUAAAGGGAGACUAGGAUAUUUUAUUGGAAGGAGAUUGGUGAUUUGGAUCUCAAAAUUGAACUCUCCCUCAGUAUCGGGCAGCGAUAAAACCUUUAUAGAUACAGCAAUGUUUCUCUUUUGAGCCUACCAGAAGAGCAAAUUGCUGAUUCUCAGGCAAGGGUCCCCAACCCCUGGGCUGCAGACCGCAGCCUAUUCCGAACUGGACUGCGCAAGCAGCAGGUGAGUGUACGGACGCCAUGGAUGACACUCGCCCUCAUGCGCAAAGCAACAUUUGCACAAGCGUCAUAGGCCCGCCACUCAUGCAAAUGGCACGUCAUGCACGCUCGCACUCACCCACCACUCUGAACCAUCCCCGGCUGCCAGUCCUCCAAGCUGGAAAGGUUGGGGAAGGCUGCUCUAAAUGUUGGGGGGGGCAUUUAUGCCUUCUCACUUCAUGUUUUUCUCCAUGUUCACAGGAAACAGUGACAUUAAGGACUGCAAAACAAGGUCCUUGAGAUGAUGCUGUUCAUGGACUAUACCUUUGUGUUUAUCUUCUCAGGCUUUGUUUACAUUUAUUGGUUUGUAGUUUUUAACCUC